CAAAAUGUCUGCCCCCAAGGGACCUUUCAACCUCGUCACGGUUAACACCGCCCCCGAGAGAGCCAAGCGCCUCAUCGGACGGAUGGUUGAAGCCCUCAAGGACCGUUACACCAUCGUCCACGUUGAUAACUGCGAGAAGAUCGAGGAAGUCGAGCCCAAGGUGAAGCAGCACAUGCCCGAUGUCCUGUUCAGCGCCUCCAUGUGGUCCGCCGAGCAAGCCAACGAGAUCCACUCCAUUGCCCGGUCGAUCAAGCCCGACAUCAAGCUGCACGCUAUCCCGGAGGGUCUUCAGGUCGAGCGCGGCCCCGACGCCAUUGUUGAAUACCUCGUGGAGAAGGUUCCCCCUCUUUUGGACGCCUAAGUGCGAUGCAUCAGUGUACCAAUUUAGAACCAAGCGGGGGUUUCAUUGUGGAUUUGACGACGAUAUCUACGUCCUGUAUAUACAUUUACUUCGAUGAAGCUCCCGGAGAAUAGACGAUUCACGAUCUUGAAUUAUAUAAACUCGGUAUGCAUACAACUGUCUGUUGGCAAGAGGGAUCAACUAUAUCCGCAUAGAGGAAUAAGACGGGCUGUGCUGGGUUGAGCACGGCUUUAAGGAUCCCAGACUGGGUAUGGAGUACAAUGUGGCGAAAGCAAAUUGAAUGCGAUGAAUUGAACAGAAGCCUACCAAUGGCGUUUCGAGCGACGAAAUGGGCCAGUGGUAGCCAGUGUCUGUUCUUUCCAACGCACAGGCAAGUGACUCGGGUUCCAGUUCCCGACGCCCAAAAUCGUAUGAUCAAUCAAU